AUGGAAGAUACUUCAGUAGCCGCUGAUGUCCCAAGCACUGAGGACUUGAGUGUACUACAAGCACAGGUCAGAGAGUUCCUACAGGCUACAAACGACGAGAAUGAAUAUGAUUACGACGACGAUCAGAAUGACGAUGAACUACUCGAUGACAGUUUCAACGCUGACCAUGGUGGUGUUUCUGAUGAAGACGAUGGACAAUUGACUAAUAACAACAACAACAGCAGCAACAACAAUAACAAUCACGAAGUGGACACACCGACUGCUGCUGGCGCUUCUUCAUCUUCUUUCGAAUCGGUUGCACCAGGUCAGAAAACACUGAAGCGAAAUCGUAGGAAAUUCGCUAUGCCUGCCAACGGAUCGGACUCGGCGUUGGAUCAUCACUCCAACUAUCAUCCGGUUUCACCAUCGUCGACACUGACAACCACAACCAGUGGAAACAAUCACCAUCCAACAUUCUCACCGAUUGGAUCAUCGUCGGUCGGCAACCUUUCACCAUCGCCCAACAAAACAGCGACACCAACAUCCUACCCUGCUUCACCCUCGAUCUCUCCCAAUCAAUCAUUAUCGCCAGCAUCAUACAACAGUAAGCCAACAGUUAGUUUUAGCAGUUUAUUAUAUUCACCAAACUCCAGAAACGAUGAAGCACCACCAACUCUAGGUAAAUUUCAAUUAUUACAUCAUAUUGGAAAUGGAUAUUUUGGAAAUACAUUUUCAGCGGCAUCACCAGAUUCCAGUGAGUAUGUGGUGGUGAAGCUGAUCGAUUUGAAUCGUGUGACAGUCACCAAUCAGAAUAUAAUGAGACAGGAAUUUGAGAUAUUGAAAUCAUUAUCGAAUCAAUCGGUGGUGAAUUAUCAGACGAUGAUUGUCGAUCACAAUCAUCUCGGAAUCGUACAGGAGUUUGUUGAGAAUGGAUCACUCUCUGAUAUUUAUAAGCGAUUGGGUGCAUUCCCAGAGUCGUUACUCGUCAAUCCACCAUUCGGUAAAUAUUCAGCGAUGGAAGCACUCGUGCAUAUCAUCGACGACCGCGUUCCAGUGCACAUUCCCGACGACGCUUCACCAGAGUUACAAUCAUUCCUCCACCUUUGUUUUAUUAGAAAUGCAGCGUCUCGUUCGUCGUCCGAGCAACUGCUGAAACAUCCAUGGCUAGGAUUCACUGGUGUACAAGACGCCGUUGCCUUUUCUGCGCUCCUCAAUCAGCCACCCAUGAAAUUCCAACAGAACACCAGAGAAUCCGCUGGAAAACCACGAUCGGAAAACUUCUCAAUCGACUUUCUCUCGCAGAUGGAGAGCAACGAGCAUGAUAUAUCGCAGCUGAAUCCGGUGCCGCAUCAAUCCAGCGCUGACUGGGCAGCUAUGCAGCCACGCCACUAUAGUAGCAUCGACAAAACGCUACCGCCAGCCAAACAAAUUGAACAGCUACAUCAGAUGAUCGAUUACAAUUUGGAACAAACGCGUCAGUUGAAAGAAAUAUCGUUUGACAAUUUGCUGAAUCCAACACUAGCUGCACCGGUAACCUAUCAAAUCGGUUCGAAACUCUGGAAGAAAGGACAAGAGAAGAAAGCGUUGGGCACUCUCAAAGACAAUUUUAUUUUCUUUUUCAAAAACGACAAAUCCAAAGAGCCACUCGACGUCGUCUAUCUGAACGAUAAGAAAUCGAUCUCAGUAUCGAGUUCACAGGAUUCCACCAAGAAGAAAACAUUUUACAUUUGUAUUGGCACACUUAUAACCUCGGGCGAACACGACGCCGAGUCUGGUAACGCAAACGGUGGUAGUGGAUCCAACGGAAACGGUAGUGGCAGUGGUUCAGGUAAUGCCGCCAACUCUAUCAAUAGCUCAUCGAAAGAUCUCAUCUCUUCGAUGCCAACACUGCUCUGGUGUCUACUUGGUUUCGAUAACCAAAAAGACAUGGAGGCAUGGCUCGGUGUUCUGGAGGCAUCGGUAUCGUGGUACGAGCGUAAACCCAACGAAAUUUCCAAGCCAAUCCUCGAAAAGAAACACACCAAGCAAAAGAGUGUCGAUCGUGCCAAAGAAGAGUCGAUGUCAUCCACCUGGAAGAAGGAGAGUGGCGGUAUGAAAUUCCCAGGAGUGUUUGGCAUCAAGUUGGACGAUGUAAUGGCACGAGAGAAUCCAAAUGCAGAGAUUCCUUCGUUUGUAACGAAAAUGGUAAAUUUCCUCGAGCGACACAUUCAGGAGGAAGGAAUUCUCCGUAUCUCUGGCAGUUCCACAGAGAUUCAGGAGAUGAAAGCAAUACUCGACAAAGGUUCCAACGUUGAAUAUCCAGCAUCGCGUGACACCCAUGCAGUGGCUGGAUUACUCAAACUAUAUCUAAGAGAACUUCCAGAUUUACUAGUACCAACAAGUUUAAGAAUUGUAUCUGCUGAAAUUAUUGCUGAUAGAACAAUGUCAGAGGAUGAAAAAAUCAGUUCAGUUGUAGAGUUAUUCAAACAAAUUCCAAAGAAUGAACAUAAUUUAUUGAAACACAUGAUAAGAUUUGCAAAGAGAGUGACAGAGCAGAGCGAUCACAACAAGAUGGUUUUAGCAAAUGUGACAACAUGCUUUGCACAAUCACUGAAAGGAUUGAUUCCUGGACUAUUCACUUUUUGUGUACAGCAUUACGAGCAAAUCUUUGUUAGUGCACCACCAACAUCACCCAUAAAAUCAUCUUUUAAUAGAUUAGCAAGUAACAGUCCAAUGAAUGAAUUUGAUUAUAAAAAUAAUAAUGUACAUUAUUUGAAAUAA